AUGCAUGAUCCCGAUCCCCUGUGGGAUUUUGGUCCGAUCUACCAAACCCUUCACAACUUGAAGCUGCCUGCGUCUAGUACGCCUGCGCAGUAUGAAGACAGAGAAGCAGACGAUAGUCCAGAAGGUGGCGUUUCGUUGGGCAAUUUCAACGAGAUAUGGGACAUCUUAGGUCACCCUCGACAAGCUGACAAUGUCUACGUUCCCGACCUCUGCGAAUUCGAACCUUGCCUACCCGAAGUCCCAGCUCGCCAGACCCUCGACGACGUCGCUGACACUCGUGCCAUCCGCUGGCGUGACGAGAUCGAUGGAGCCUAUCUGGAAGAUAGCAUCGAGCCACCACAGCUGACAGCCGCGGCUCUACGAACAGCGAAACGGGCAGCCAGACGUGCAAGAGCUCGCGAGAGGAUUGAGCAGUCGGGUGCUUCCAGGGACGCGGACACAGACACUGCCACCGACUAUGAAUCUGCUGGCGAAGAGCUCGAAGCGUUGAGAAGAUCACCAGACCGACAGGCAGUCAUUGAUCGAAUUCUGGGGCGGUCCAGACCUGGUCUCUACGACUCUCCUCCAACAUCACCAUCGCCGCCAAAGCAGAAGGCUUCGUUACGAGACAUUCCAAUUUCCAAUCCACAUUUGUGGACACCACCGCCUUCAACCAGAAGCCACCGUCCUGUUAUUUCAACCCAGGACGGCUUCACCCCCGAGCAGCGAAAGCAGAGUCUGAUUAAGCUGCUUCGGAAGAGGUAUGGCGGCCAAGAGACCUAUUUGAAGAGUCCAGGGCUGCUUCUGCCUCAAUUUACCACGCUGAAUACUUCCACCAUUGGUAUUCAUGUUUUCAUCGAUAUGUCCAACAUAUCUAUUGGCUUUCACGAUCAUCUCAAGAUCGCCCGCGGGAUGUCCCGCGACGUUUUUACGCGACGAGUGCCUAUGGACUUUCAUAACUUCUCCCUUGUGCUCGAGCGCGGCCGACCCGCCGCCAAGAGAGUUCUCGCUGGGUCUGAAAAGCCGGCAGUGGUUUUGGAAGCAGAGACACUGGGCUACGAGACCAACAUACUGGAGCGCGUGCUCAAAGUCAAGGAAUUGACGCCACGUCAGAAGAAAUACGCCUCUCGCUCUGGCGGAGAGACCAGUGGGUCUGAAAAGGACACUGGGUAUCUUAACAAGGCUGCGGCGAAGAGGGUCGAGCAAGGUGUAGACGAAAUUCUGCACCUCAAGAUCCUUGAGAGUCUCAUCGAUUCCAGCAAGCCGAGCACGAUCGUGCUGGCUACUGGCGAUGCAGCUGAGGCAGAGUAUAGCGGCGGCUUCUUGAAGAUGGUAGAGAGGGCGAUGUCCAAGGGCUGGAUGGUCGAGCUCGUCAGCUUCAAGCUUAACACCAGCUCAAUGUACUUGCGCAGCGAGUUCAGGGCGAAAUGGGGUGCCUUGUUCAAGGUUAUCCAUCUGGAUGAAUUUGCAGAGUAUCUCAUCAAAGAAGAUUAG